CUCCAUCCCUUUACUUCUAUAAAGUCCUUCUUCACUCUUCACUCCUCAUUCCUCUUCAUCCUUCUCCAAAUCUACCUUCCCUCUGCCAAAUACUUACACACUCCCAAGUCCUCAUGGCCGCCUCCGCUGCCUCUGUCGGAGUCGUUAACCAUGCACCGCUAAGCUUGAAAGGCUCUGGAUCCACAACUUCGGUUCCAAGUUCAGUCUUCUUUGGGAACAGUUUGAAGAAAGUGGUCAACUCCAGAGUUGUCAACCCGAAGCCUUCCUCGGGUAGCUUCAAGGUGAUGGCAGUGGAAUCAACCUCAGACGAGAAUCUCGAGAAGAAGACCAAAAAAAUAGACAGAUGGGCCGGACUUGGAACCGAUAUAUCAGAUGACCAACAGGACAUCACAAGAGGAAAGGGAAUGGUGGAUUCUGUGUUUCAAGCUCCCAUGCAAGCUGGAACUCAUUAUGCUGUUAUGAGCUCUUAUGAGUAUCUUAGUCAAGGACGUAAAUCGUAUGAUGGCAUGGACAAUGUAUUGGGUGGUUUGUACAUUGCUCCUGCUUUCAUGGACAAAUUGGUUGUUCACAUCACCAAGAACUUCCUGUCCCUCCCAAACAUCAAGGUUCCUCUGAUUUUGGGUCUGUGGGGAGGCAAAGGACAAGGAAAAUCCUUCCAAUGUGAGCUUGUAUUUGCCAAGAUGGGAAUCACCCCAAUCAUGAUGAGUGCAGGAGAAUUGGAAAGCGGGAACGCAGGAGAGCCAGCCAAGUUGAUCCGACAACGGUACCGUGAGGCCGCUGACAUAAUCAAGAAGGGAAAAAUGUCCUGCCUCUUCAUCAAUGAUCUGGAUGCGGGUGCUGGUCGUCUUGGUGGUACCACUCAAUACACAGUCAACAACCAAAUGGUUAACGCCACACUCAUGAACAUCGCUGAUAACCCCACCAAUGUCCAACUCCCUGGAAUGUACAACAAGGAGGAGAACCCUCGAGUUCCAAUCAUCGUCACUGGUAACGAUUUCUCCACUCUCUACGCUCCUCUCAUCCGUGACGGUCGUAUGGAGAAAUUCUACUGGGCACCCACUAGGGAAGACCGUAUCGGUGUCUGCAAAGGUAUCUUCCGUACCGACAAUGUCGCUGAUGAUGACAUCGUCAAGUUGGUCGACACCUUCCCAGGCCAAUCCAUCGAUUUCUUCGGUGCUCUAAGGGCGAGAGUGUACGAUGACGAAGUAAGGAAGUGGGUCACCGGAGUUGGAGUCCAGAGUAUAGGGAAGAAGCUUGUGAACUCGAAAGAGCCACCACCAAAGUUCGAGCAGCCAACGAUGUCACUUGAAAAGCUGUUGGAGUAUGGUGGCAUGUUGGUUCAAGAACAAGAGAAUGUGAAGAGGGUGCAAUUGGCUGAGACUUACUUGAAUGAGGCUGCUCUUGGCAAUGCCAAUGAAGACGCAAUUACCAGAGGAGCUUUCUAAAUUAAAAAGCUUGUGUGUUGUGUUUAACUCAUUUCAUGACACUAAUCAUCAAGUUGUGUCUUUGUGGGGAAAGGAAAUGAGUGCUCUCAUUAUGUGAGAUUCCUCUCAUCUAUAUAUUCUUCAGGCCUUUUUGUUCUUUCAUCUUCUUCUUUUGUGGAACCAAAAUCACAUAUCAAAAUAAAAGUUAUUUCUUACUUUUGUUUCUCA